GAUGCGGCGCGAGGCCAGUGAUCCUCCUUCCCCUGGGCACAGCUGUCUGGACAAAGCAAGCCAGGAGUGCAGCCAUGUUUUCCGAGCAGGCAGCCCAGAGGGCCCAUACUCUACUGUCCCCACCGUCAGCCAACAAUGCCACAUUCGCCCGGGUGCCCGUGACAACUUACACCAACUCCUCCCAGCCCUUCCGCCUGGGAGAGCGCAGCUUUAGCAGGCAGUACGCCCACAUUUAUGCCACCCGCCUCAUCCAGAUGAGACCCUUCCUGGUGAGCCGAGCCAGGCAGCACUGGGGCAGUAGCGUCGGAGUGAAGAAGCUGUGUGAGCUGCAGCCUGAGGAGAAGUGCUGUGUGGUGGGCACCUUGUUCAAGGCCAUGCCGCUGCAGCCCUCCAUCCUGCGUGAGAUCAGUGAGGAGGUGAGACCCGUCCUGGAGGACACUGAUGUGCCACCCUCAUCAUCCCAGGGCAUUAGGACUGGGCCUCUGCCCAGGGGAGUGAGGGAGCGGGUCCAGGCGGUGGAGGCUGCACCAGCUAACACAGGAGCUGGGGUGGCCUUGGUCCCAAAACUACCUCCCAUGUCUGCCUUCCAGCACAACCUGCUUCCCCAGCCUCCUCGGUGCAAAUACAUCCACCCAGAUGAUGAGCUGGUCCUGGAGGAUGAAUUGCAGCGUAUCAAACUGAAAGGCAACAUUGAUGUGUCAAAGUUGGUUACAGGAACUGUCCUGGCUGUGCUUGGCUCCGUAAGAGAUGAUGGGAAGCUUCAGGUGGAGGACCACUGUUUUGCCGAUCUUGCUGUACAGACGCCUGCACCCCCCAUUGAUACAGACAGGUUUGUGCUGCUGGUGUCAGGGCUGGGCCUAGGUGGUGGCAAUGGUGAAAGCCUGCUGGGUACCCAGCUGCUGGUGGACGUGGUGACAGGGCAGCUUGGAGACGAAGGGGAACAGUGCAGUGCUGCCCACGUCUCCCGGGUCAUCCUUGCGGGCAACCUCCUCAGCCACAGCACCCAGAGCAGAGAUUCUAUCAACAAGGCCAAAUACCUCACCAAGAAAACCCAGGCGGCCAGUGUGGAGGCAGUCAAAAUGCUGGAUGAGAUCCUUCUGCAGCUCAGUGCCUCCGUGCCCGUGGAUGUGAUGCCAGGCGAAUUUGAUCCGACCAACUACACCCUCCCCCAGCAGCCCCUGCACCCCUGCAUGUUCCCACUGGCCACUGCCUACUCCACACUCCAGCUGGUCACCAACCCCUACCAGGCCACCAUUGAUGGAGUCAGGUUCCUGGGGACGUCAGGACAGAACGUGAGUGACAUUUUCCGAUACAGCAGCAUGGAGGACCAUUUAGAGAUCCUAGAGUGGACCCUAAGGGUCGGUCACAUCAGCCCCACAGCUCCUGACACCCUAGGCUGUUACCCCUUCUACAAAACUGAUCCAUUCAUCUUUCUGGAGUGCCCUCACAUCUACUUCUGUGGCAACACCCCCAGCUAUGGCUCCAAAAUCAUCCGAGGCCCUGAGGACCAGAUGGUACUGUUGGUGGCCGUUCCCGACUUCAGUGCCACGCAGACUGCAUGCUUGGUGAACCUGCGCAGCCUGGCCUGCCAACCCAUCAGCUUUUCAGGCUUUGGAGCAGAGGACGAUGACCUGGGAGGCCUGGGGUUGGGCUCCUGACUCAGGCAGCUGGAGCAGGCAUUUGUCCCUGCCAUGUGAGCCUUGUAAAUAAAGCAUGAAUGUUUGCUG